AUUGUGCAUUUUGCGAUGUAAACAAAUAUUCCAUCAAGAGCCGUGGCCGGCAAACACGUUCUAAGGACAUUUUAUCUUUUAAGUAUUUCUUCCAAUUUUAGCACUAAAAUACCGGUGAUUUUUAAGUAUUUCAAGUGUUUCGCCGACACUGCAGCCAAACAAUGGACGAAUUGAAAACAAUGAUUCGAGCAUUAGCCAUAUCCAACGCCGCUAACGGCAUUACUGUUGCACAAUUGAGCAAGGAUUUUAAAAAUCUCGAGGGGUGUGCUAUCCCCUACAGCAGUUUGGGCUUCCAAUCGCUUGAUGGAAUGCUGAGGAGCAUGACUGAUGCUAUCCGAGUGAGCGGAUAUGGACCAACGGCUGUAGUACAACCACUGAGCAAUGAAAAAUCUCAACACGUACGCGAAAUGGUUAAAAUGAGCAAACCGGUUAAGAAAAAGCCUUCACUACAUAAUCGUACACCUUAUGCUAAUUUUGAUAACAACUUUUAUUAUGAUCGCUAUUCAUCCCAUAUUGAUGAUUCGUUCGAAAACGGCUACAAUGACGAAACAGCUAAUUCGAACGCUUUUUAUACCAAGGAAACAAACAACAAUACGCUUCCGCAACAUUUGCACAAUGACAAGCGGGUUAUCCGGAAUGAUAUCGAUAAAGAAAAACUUCCGAAAUCUACCGAAAUUCCGGCACAUAAAAGUGUGGAAAUAUCCCCUGACACCAAAAAUCAACGCGAGAAGACACCUGAUGAAACUACAAACCCUUUGGCCGAGGAAUACAAACAGACUAAUCGCGCGAUAUCCACGGCAAUCAUUGAACAGCAUGUUAAGAAGAUGAAUGGGAGUUUGCCGUUGAGUAAUGUUACCGUACCUGUAGAAGCAAUGACGAUAAAGGAAAAAAUUAUGGAAGAAGCACUUACCACACACAUGAAACCAAAAGAGUCCAUCCAAGUGGUGGUUACGUCGGUCCUCAAUCCGAGGCACAUAUUUGUACAUUUGUUCAAACACACAGAAAAGCUACUGCGACUAGCGCCAUACAUUGAUAAUCUGUACAGUGCAAAGAUGACCGAAUACCAUUGGCUUAUACCGGAAGGGAUGGUAGAGGUUGGAUUAUACUGUGCUGCCAAAUACCAUGGCCGAUGGUAUCGAGCGCAGGUGAUGGGUCCCGUAAACUAUCAACGUGCCCUGCUGAUGUACAUCGAUUACGGCUAUCUGAGAUAUGUGCCUUUACAGGAAGUAAGAUUUUUGACAAGAGAAUUAGCGGCCAUCCCUCGCCAAGCCAUACGUGUAGGGUUAAAAUAUUUAAAACCAUCGAAUGGUACUUGGAGCAAGGAAUGCUGUGAACAGCUUGCCCAUAUGGUACAUCGCAAAACGUUUCAAAUGCAUGAUAUCGAUAUGGAUGUAAAGGAAAAUAUGUUGAAUGUUGUUCUUACCGAUUCCGCAACUAGUUCUGUUGGCUCACAUGUGCACGAUACUGACGAAGGUAACGUGAACAGGCAACUGGCAUUGAGAGAUGAUAUUGCAUGGUCAACAGAUUGAUUAAACACUAUGGACAACCACCACGCGCUCCAACAGGAAGACAUUUAUUGUGCCUCAAUAAGCAAUUCAAACAUGAACGAAUUUUAAUUGUUGAAUUUGUGUUAAGCAAACAAAAGUUUAUAAAUCAGUUAGCAGUAUGUUUCUAUUACAAAACAUAAGAAAAUAAAACAAAACAACCGACUUGUAUGACAUAGUUUUACUAGUCCACACCGCAA